AAAUAGAAGUCAAUACAGAGACACUGAGCGGAGCUAAGUUGAACACCUUAAUAUUUGUCAAAUUAAACGAAAUUAAUUGAAAAUGGGCGAACGUUACAAUAUCCAUAGUCAAUUGGAGCAUCUGCAGAGCAAAUACAUUGGAACAGGCCAUGCAGAUACCACUAAAUUUGAGUGGCUAACUAACCAGCACAGGGAUUCGCUGGCCAGCUACAUGGGGCACUACGAUAUGCUGAAUUACUUUGCCAUUGCGGAGAACGAAUCUAAGGCACGGGUGCGCUUUAAUCUGAUGGAGCGCAUGCUUCAGCCCUGUGGACCGCCUCCAGAAAAGCUCGAAGAUUAAGCUCAAAUACAAUAAAACUAUAUAUUUAUAAGUCAA